CCAGUUUCCAAAGGCUUAUGCAGAAGAUAACAAAGGUUUCCUCCGUGUUUUCUACGCAGCUACCAUGCCGAGUGGGUAGGCUUACCUAACGGCCGACGCCGCAAAGACGUUACGAAGGAGUUACUUCGUACUCGGCACCUUGUCAGGUGACACUGAAUUUUGUUGAAUGAAAAUAAAAGCUCACGGCCCUACUCAUAGAAUCAGCGCGUCAGCUAAGAACACACUCCAUCUGUCAUCAAUAUCACCUCAAUAUGUUGGACCAAGUAAAAAGCCGAAAUUGGAAACGAGCUCUUCUUUCGACACCGAAGACUUUCCUAUUAUUGAUGAGCAUGUUCUGGUGCUCAAGAUCUUGACCCGGCUUAAAGUUUGCGCAUAGGUACCUGAUGUCGCGAUUGCAAACUGAACCGCCUACGUACACAAGCGCCUACGACCCGCGCUCAACGGGCAGAAUGAUACAACAACGUGCCCCCAAAUAAACAAAAAACUAUCUGUUGGACAGGACCUUUGGCUUGGACGUCUCUGUAACACUAUCAACGACGUCAGAGUUGGUAUCAUGAGCUUAUUCAGGAGCAGGCUGACGCGUUGUCAGCGGAGAUACACGAAUGAAGGUGACCCCCCGAACGUAGGCGUCAACUGGGUAUCUCUCUAGCCUAAUUCUCAUUAAACACACUACAAGACAAAGUGAGAAUCAUGGACUUGGCUCGUUAACUUGCGUAGUCACUAGACAUCUUCUAGCCUAGUUUAAGCUAAAUCUAUGAGAAGAACGUCUUCGUAUCACCAACGCGGACAAAUACAAUCUAGAUAAAACAAGAAUACAAACUGGUGUUGCG